CAGCCUGGGCGGCAGGAGCCGGAGACGCGACUGACCUCGCUGGCUUGAGAUGCAUUUGAAUAGUGAAGCUUUCAGACACAUAACCUGUAGUACUGAUUUGACUGCCUCACUGAAUCUUGUUGCUGAUAUGUGUUUAAGAUGAGUGGCAUUGGCGAAAACUCCUCUGACCCAGCCAGGGCAGAGUCAAGAAAACGCAAGGAAUGUCCUGAUCAACUUGGACCCAGUCCUAAAAGAAGCACUGAAAAACGUAAUCGUGAACAAGAGAAUAAAUACAUAGAAGAGCUUGCAGAGCUGAUUUUUGCUAAUUUUAAUGAUAUUGACAACUUUAACUUCAAACCCGACAAAUGUGCAAUUUUGAAAGAAACUGUGAAGCAGAUUCGUCAAAUAAAAGAACAAGAAAAGGCAGCAGCAGCCAAUGAAGAUGAAGUGCAGAAAGCUGAUGUGUCAUCUACAGGUCAGAGUGUCAUUGACAAGGAUGCCCUUGGACCAAUGAUGCUGGAGGCCCUCGAUGGUUUCUUUUUCGUAGUGAACUUGGAAGGUAAUGUGGUGUUCGUGUCGGAGAAUGUGACACAGUUCUUACGAUACAACCAAGAAGAACUGAUGAACACAAGUGUGUAUAGUAUCCUACACGUAGGGGACCAUAAUGAGUUUGUCAGAAACCUGCUGCCAAAAUCUUUAGUGAAUGGGGGACCGUGGUCUGGUGAGGCUCCUAGGCGCAACAGCCAUACCUUUAAUUGUCGGAUGCUGGUAAAACCGUUAACUGAUUCUGAAGAAGAAGGCCAUGAUAACCAGGAAGCACAUCAGAAAUAUGAAACUAUGCAGUGCUUUGCUGUUUCUCAACCAAAGUCCAUCAAGGAAGAUGGUGAAGAUUUGCAGUCUUGCUUGAUAUGCGUGGCAAGAAGAGUUCCGUUGAAAGAAAGGCCACUUCUACCCUCAUCAGAGACAUUUAGUACUCGCCAAGAUUUGCAAGGCAAGAUAACUUCACUAGACACUAGUACCAUGCGAGCAGCUAUGAAGCCUGGCUGGGAAGAUGUGGUGAGAAGGUGCAUACAGAGAUUUUAUGCACAGCAUGAAGGAGAGAUGUCUUUUGCCAAAAGGCAUCAUCAGGAGGUGCUGAGGCAGGGGCUAGCAUUCAGUCCUGUCUAUCGAUUUUCCUUGUCUGAUGGCAAUAUAGUUUCUGCCCAAACGAAGAGCAAGCUCAUCCGUUCUCAGACUACUAGCGAACCUCAGCUUGUCAUAUCCUUGCAUAUGCUUCACAGGGAACAGAAUGUCUGUGGAAUGAACCAAGAUUUAACUGGACAAGCAAUGGGAAAGCCAUUGAACCCAAUUAACUCCAGCAGCCCUGCCCAUCAGGCCAUGUGCGGUGGGAAUCCAGGUCAGGAUAUGACCAUCAGUAGCAAUAUGAAUUUUGCCAUAAAUGGCCCAAAGGAACAAAUGGGCAUGCCAGCUGGCAGGUUUGGCGGUUCAGGCGGGAUGAACCAUGUGUCAAGUAUACAAGCAUCCACUCCUCAGGGUAGUAACUAUGCACUAAAAAUGAAUAGUCCCUCUCAAAGCAGCCCUGGCAUGACACCAGGUCAGCCAAAUUCUAUGCUUUCCCCAAGGCAUCGUAUGAGUCCUGGAGUGGCAGGAAGUCCUCGGAUCGCACCCAGUCAGUUUUCCCCUGCAGGAAGCUUGCAUUCACCUGUUGGAGUUUGCAGCAGCACAGGAAAUAGCCAUAGUUAUACCAACAGUUCCCUCAAUGCACUUCAGGCUCUCAGCGAGGGGCAUGGAGUCUCUCUAGGGUCAUCAUUGGCUUCGCCUGACCUAAAAAUGGGUAAUUUACAAAAUUCCCCUGUAAGUAUGAAUCCUCCCCAGCUAAGCAAAAUGGGAAGCAUCGACUCUAAGGAUGGCUUUGGACUUCAUGGGGAGCAAUCGGAAGGUACAACUGGACAAGCAGAGAAUGUCUCUCAUUCGGGAGAGCAGAAAGAAAGUAACGAUAACAUGCCCCAGGGUGUCAGUGGUGACAGGUCUGAUGGACAAAACAGACUACAUGAUGGCAAAAGCCAGACAAAGCUCUUACAGCUGCUGACCACCAAAUCUGAUCAGAUGGAGCCUUCACCUUUGUCUAAUACUAUGGGAGAUUCUAACAAGGACUCCGUGGGUUUAUCUGGUUCUGGUUCAGCACAUGGAACUUCGCUCAAGGAGAAGCAUAAAAUUUUGCACAGACUCUUGCAGGACAGUAGUUCUCCUGUAGACUUGGCCAAGCUCACAGCAGAGGCCACAGGCAAAGAAUUGAGCCAGGAGACCAGUAGCACAGCUCCUGGUUCAGAGGUGACUGUUAAACAGGAACCAGUGAGUCCCAAGAAGAAAGAAAAUGCACUACUUCGCUACUUGCUAGAUAAAGAUGAUACUAAAGAUAUUGGUUUACCAGACAUCACCCCGAAACUGGAACGGUUGGACAGUAAGACAGACCCUUCCAGUAGCACAAAGCCAGUAGCUAUGAAGCCAGACAAAGAAGAGAUGCGCUUUGAGCCUAACGAACAGCCUGGCAGCGAGCUAGAUAAUUUGGAAGAAAUUCUGGAUGAUCUGCAAAAUAGCCAGUUGUCGCAGCUUUUCCCAGACACCCGACCAGGUGCUUCAGCAGGAUCGGUUGACAAACAAGCCAUCAUCAAUGACCUCAUGCAGAUCACAGGUGAAAACAGCCCUGGUACUCCUGUUGGAGCUCAAAAACCAUCAAUGAGGAUCUCGCAGAGCACUUUUACUAACUCACGAUCAGCACAGUUGGGAAGGAUGUUACCAAACCAGAAUUUGCCACUUGAUAUCACCUUGCAAAGCUCACCAGGUGCUGGAUCUUUCCCACCCAUAAGAAACAACAGUCCAUAUUCAGUGAUACCUCAGCCCGGAAUGAUGGGAAAUCAAGGAAUGAUGGGAAACCAAGGAAAUCUAGGGAACAGUAGCCCAGGGAUGAUGAGCAGUAAUACCCCUCGGCCCGCUUUGCCAUCAGGCGACUGGGGAACCCAAGGUGCUGCUGUGAGGGUAACUUGUGCUACCACAACAAGUGCCAUGAAUAGGCCAAUCCAAGGAGGCAUGAUACGCAACCCGUCCAGCCUUCCUGUGAGACCCAGUAGUCUCUCUGGCCCAAGGCAGAUGCUUCAGUCUCAAGUCAUGAAUAUUGGAGCUUCUGAACUUGAAAUGAAUAUGGGAGGUCCUCAGUAUAGCCAGCAGCAGGCUCCUCCAAACCAGACUGCUCCAUGGCCAGAGAGCAUCUUGCCCAUAGAUCAGACAUCUUUUGGCAAUCAGAACCGGCAACCGUUUGGAAGCUCUCCCGAUGAAUUGCUGUGUCAGCAUCCUGCAUCAGAGUCUCCAAGUGAUGAGGGAGCUCUUCUGGAUCAGCUUUAUAUGGCACUAAGAAAUUUUGAUGGUCUAGAAGAAAUUGACAGAGCUCUAGGGAUACCAGAACUAGUCAGCCAGGUAUUGAGCCAAGCUGUAGAUCCAGAGCCAUUCUCAAGCCAGGAAUCAAACAUCAUCCUAGAACAAAAGGCACCUGUCUUCACCCAGCAGUAUGCCUCUCAGGCUCAAAUGGCCCAGGGCAACUACACACCAAUGCAGGACCCAAAUUUCCACCCAUUGGCCCAGCGACCAGGUUAUUCCGCACUACGUAUGCAACCUAGGCCAGGUCUGAGGCCUGCUGGCAUAGUACAGAACCCACCAAAUCAGCUGAGGCUACAACUGCAGCAUAGACUUCAAGCACAGCAGAAUCGUCAGCCACUGAUAAAUCAGAUCAGCAGUGUUCCCAAUAUGAACAUGCCUCUGAGACCUGGAGUGCCAACACAGGUGAGGGAACAGGGACCGAUCAAUGCACAGAUGCUGGCCCAGAGGCAGAGGGAGAUAUUGAGCCAGCAUCUGAGGCACAGGCAGAUGCAGCAGCAAGUACAGCAGCGGACCCUGAUGAUGCGAGGACAAAGCAUGAACAUGACACCAAGCAUGGUGGCCUCUGGUGGCAUCCCCGCAACAAUGAGCAACCCACGGAUUCCCCAGGCAAACCCCCAGCAGUUUCCUUUCCCUCCAAACUAUGGAUUAAAUCAGCAGCCUGAUCCUGGCUUCACCGGAGCCACCACUCCCCAGAGUCCUCUGAUGUCCCCAAGAAUGGCCCAUACCCAGAGUCCCAUGAUGCAGCAGUCUCAGGCCAAUCCUGCCUACCAAUCCUCUACUGAGAUGAAUGGAUGGGCACAAGGAAAUAUGAGUGGAAACAGCAUGUUUUCACAACAAUCUCCACCACACUUUGGGCAGCAAGCAAACACCAGCAUGUACAAUAACAACAUGAACAUCAAUGUAUCCAUGGUGACCAACACAAGUGGUAUGAACAACAUGAACCAGAUGACAGGGCAGAUCAGCAUGACCUCAGCAACCUCUGUGCCUACAUCAGGGUUGUCCUCCAUGGGUCCUGAGCAGGUUAAUGAUCCUGCUAUGAGAGGAGGCAAUCUUUUUCCAAACCAGCUACCUGGAAUGGAUAUGAUAAAGCAGGAGGGAGAUGCAUCACGGAAAUAUUGCUGACCCUGAAGAUUACUGAUUUCUUCAACUGACUGGGCUCCCGAGCCCAAACUACUUAGUAGUUUGAAGAGCUGCAUAUUUUGGUUUUGCCCCCCAACUGUUCUGCCAGCCAGUUCUGCUGGAGAAAGCAUAGCGCUGCGAACAGAACACCCACUCCCAGUGGAGACGAAGCAGUUGUUGGUGGAAGAGCAGCCUCCUCUUUGACAGUCUGAAGCUAGCGUACAGACAGUUGCUCAGUCUGUUCACUGCAUUCACCUUAGUGCAACUUAGAUCUCUCCUGCAAAGUAAAUGUUGAUAGCCAGUUUUCAUAAACCAUGUCAGAUUGAAUGUAUUUAAAUGUAUGUAUUUAAAGAAAAACAACCAUGCUCUCAUUUCUGUUCUUUUUUGGUUUUAGAUCCCUUGUUAUCUUUCUUUGUUUUCCUUAGCUACUCAGUCUGGUGCAAAAGAUUCAAUUCCAUCUGGAAAUUGUU